UCUUAUAAGGACAGGAAAGGGAAUGUCACUCCCACAGCUCAAAACAAAACAAGCCCUCCCGGCCGUGCAGAGCUACACUGUAGGUCACCUGCAAUAUAUUCUGCCACUCACAAGGACUUGAGAGUAGACAGCCCAAACUCAAACAAUCAGCAGCUGUUUGGAGAUCAGCUGAAAACAGCCGUGGACAUGGGGGAGACGGACUCGCCAUCCAGGGUACUUGCUGUGCGGAGGGAGGUUCUGGAUGAAUUACGCCUGGAUGAAGUGGCUCAGAAAGGGACCUGGUCCACCAAGCCAACUCUAAAUGAACGGAUGAAGGAGUCGCUGAGGUGUUCCGGGCCCAGACUAAAGCAAUCCCUGCUGAGCUGGAUUCCUGUUCUCAGCUGGCUGCCUAAGUACUCCUUCAGGGAUUACGCCUUAGGGGAUCUGGCGUCCGGCUGUAGUGUGGGCAUCAUGCAUCUGCCACAGGGCAUGGCGUACGCUCUUCUGGCUUCAUUACGUCCAGUGUUUGGCCUUUACACGUCCUUCUACCCAGUGCUAGUCUACUUUAUCUUUGGUACUUCCAGACAUAUCUCCGUAGGAACAUUUGCUGUGGUCAGCAUCAUGGUUGGGAGUGUGACAGAAAAACUGGCACCAGACAGUAAUUAUAUGGUAAAUGGGACAAAUGGGACGGUGGAUUUCGAUGAAAGAGAUGCAGACAGAGUGAAGAUAGCCUGCUCCCUCACACUGUUGUCUGGGAUAUUUCAGAUCCUGUUGGGGGUGGUGAAGUUUGGUUUUGUGGUCACCUACCUGUCUGAGCCUCUGGUUCGUGGCUACACAACGGCGUCCGCAUGUCAUGUGUGUGUCUCUCAGCUGAAAUAUCUGUUUGGAGUGACGCCAGAUCGCUUCACCGGUCCUCUCUCUCUUAUUUAUACUCUGGUGGAUCUCUGUGGACUGCUUCCUAAGACUAAGGUUCCGGAGCUCGUGGUCAGCCUUGUGGCGCUCGCUGUGCUCAUUACAGUCAAAGAACUCAAUGCUUGCUACGCAAAGAAGCUGCCUCUGCCAAUUCCAAUAGAGCUCAUAGUUAUCAUUAUAGCAACAAUCACUACCCACUUUGGUGGACUCCGUGAAGAAUAUCAAAUUGAUGUGGUUGGAGAGAUUCCCAGUGGGCUCCAGCCCCCGCGGGUGCCAGAUGCCACUUUAUUCUUAAGUGUUAUAGGUGAUGCUUUUGCUGUGGCCAUUGUGGGCUAUGCCAUCAACAUUUCUCUGGGCAAAACAUUUGCCCUUAAACAUGGCUACAAGGUGGAUAGCAACCAGGAGCUGGUUGCUUUGGGUCUUAGUAACACAGUUGGUAGCUUUUUUCAGUGCUACUCUGUGACUUCCUCUUUAUCACGGAGUCUUGUCCAGGAGAGCACCGGGUCCAAAACACAAGUUUCAAGUGUGGUCUCCUCUGUUAUUGUGUUGAUCACACUUUUGAAAAUAGGUGCCCUCUUUGAGGCUCUCCCAAAGGCCGUCUUAUCCACAAUAGUGUUUGUGAAUUUGAAAGGAAUGUUUAAACAGUUCACGGACAUUGGCAUGCUGUGGAAAACCAACAAAGUGGACUUGCUGGUGUGGCUGGUGACCUUUGUAAGCACCAUCCUGCUUAACCUGGACCUGGGUCUGGCUGUCUCCAUUGGCUUUUCCAUUCUCACUGUCAUCUUCAGAACACAAUUACCCCGCUACUCUAUUUUGGGCAAUGUAGCUGGCACUGAGCUGUAUCUGGACACAGACACCUACAAAGAGGCUAAAGAGAUUCCAGGAAUUAAAAUCUUCCGCUCAUCUGCAACCAUCUGCUACACAAAUGCUGAGAUGUACUUGGAGGUCCUUCAAGAGAAGAGUGGAGUCGACAUCGGGAAGCUGCUGACACAGAAGAAGAAAAGAGAAGCAAAGGAGAAGCGUAAAGAACAAAAAGAAAAAAAGAAAGCUAAAAAUGAGGCACAGAAACAAAAAAAAUCCCACAACCACCACUCCAAUACCAACAACUCUUUGAAGGAAGCUGAGCUGAAUGAGGAUUAUGCAGAAAUAAAAGAGACAAGCAAUCAGAAUGGAAAACCUUUAAGCCUUACAAGCUCAGCAAAUAACAGCCUCAGCAGAGGGCAAGUAAACUGGGCUUACGAAUAUGACACACCCAAAACAGACUCAAACAAAAGUUGCCAUGUUCAGGCUGCCAGAUCAGGCACGCACAGCAUCGUCCUAGACAUGUGUACAACCAGCUUUGUGGAUACAGUCACUGUGAAGAUGCUGAAAAAUAUCUUCAGGGACUUUGGGGCGGUGGAGUUAGACGUGUAUCUUGCCGGUUGCCAAGCCUGUGUGGUUGACCAGCUGGAAAGGGCAAACUUCUUUUCAGAGUCCAUCCCAAAGAGCAGGCUCUUUGUCUCUGUUCAUGAUGCAGUGAUUCAUGCUCAAAGGAAACACAACCAGACAGACUUUAUGCUUGAUCUUUUUUGUGAGACCCAAAUGUGACCACCAGGGGUCACCUUGUUCAAGCUCAAACAACCCCCCCACACACACACUCCCCUCCAG